ACUAUUAACAUGAACCUUAAAAGUAUAUUGUGCGUUAGUUUAGCUGCGGUUACCUUGACUUUGGGAAAUAAUUCGCAGGACGGUGUGCAACAGAAUGGGGAUGCUUCUUAUGAGUUUGGAUAUGACAUCCACAACCCGUUAUCCAACGAUAUUAAGUCACAUCACGAGGUGAGAGACGGCAAAAACGUGCUCGGUUUCUACACCUUCAGAGAGGCAGACGGCUCAAUCCGCGUUGUCAAGUACAAAGUGACGCCGGAAACGGGGUUCGAAGCUGUGGUGGAAAAACUCCCCGACCCGCUAUCUGGAAACGCCAUCGACGGCCAGGAAGCCGCUCCAUCCCCCAACGGAGCUGCGCAGACCAUAAACGAACAAAACGGAGGUGCCAACAGCCAGUAUGUCGCCGGAACUGGCGGAAUCAAUAAUAACCGCAACCCACGUGGCAAUGUACCUGCACCACCUGCUCAAAAUUAUAACGGGAAUCCCCCGGUUCAAGGUCAGGCGCAGGAACCCCAACAACACCACCACCCCGGUGUUAUUAGAAACAAUCAGCGGGGUGCAGUACAAGAUCAAAAUCAGGGCGUUCAAGCUCAAGGAAGUAGUUACCUGGACAUUCCUAGGGCAAGACAAAAAAAUCCGUAUAUUGCCCACCAACGACUCUUGCUGGAAGGUGUACAGCAACAAAGGCAAAGGAACCAGAUUGUAGCACCUCAACCUCAGACACAACAGUACGCGGAUAAUCCCGCUCAACCAAAUUCUUACGGCAGUGGUAAAAUCAUAUACAUCAACGGCGUGGCUUAUAUCGACGACAUAGGCCUGUAUUCUAACUCACAAGAUCAAAACGGUAACACUGGUCAAUUGGUUCAAAAUCCGCAGUAUGAGCUUAUACAAAACCCAGACAGUGAAGCAAAUGAUGAAGCAGCGACAAACGCUCAAAACAACGAAGAAGUGGAAGAGGAUGAUUUCGAAGAGGAUGACGACGAAGAAGACGAAGACCUCGCUAAUUUCGAGGAAGAGGAUGAAGAGGAGGACGAAGACACCGAUGCGUCCGAUUUAUAUGAACAGAACGAGCAAUUCAUUACUGAUCAGAAGGAAGCGUAUGCCCGAUUAAAACAAGCUUAUGAAGAGGAGGAAGAUGGACAGAAACCGAAAGAAGAGGGAGUUCAGGAACAGCAAGCACAACCUGUUCAGGCGGCCCAGUAAAGGGGGAUAUAAUUAUACUUAGUUAUGUUGCUGGUGAUCACAGUUAUACUGGAAGGUGAUGUGACAGACAGGGAUGUGAGCAAUUAGAAAGAGAAGUAACUAUUUGACUUGCUGAAAAAAAAACGUAGUCAUUUUGCCAUAGUUUGUUUAUUUA